GUGCAGGCAGGGCGGAGUGUCAGGGGUGCUUUGUUACAGUAAGACAGCAGUGAAGGGAAAGUUUAGCUGAGCUGAAGGUGUUAAAACUUUCACUGGGAGUGACCAGAUUAGAGGCACAGCUCAGGCUGAGACGCGUUGGACAUGUGCAGAGGAGGGCCAAAGGAUGAUGAAGAUGGAGCUGCCAGGCAGGAGGAAAACAGGAAGACCUCAGAGAAGCUUUAUGGAUGCGGUGAUAGAGGACAUGCAGACGGUUGGCGUCACAGAUGAGGAUGCGGGGAUAGGGUGAGCUGGAGGCAGCUGAUCCGGUGUGGCGCCCCCUGUAGGGAGCGGGCGAAAGAAGACUUCCGACGUCUCGCUUAUUUUUCUGAGGAGAACCCUCCAAAUGUCUGACACAGGCCAAAUCCGUCAGAUAGUCAAAUGAAGGGCCUUCAGAUCAGUUUGCUUUGAAAUCCUGUGCGGUCAGACAUUUUUUAAACUAGGUUCCGUCGAUUUCAUUGUGGAACUGUAUUUACCACCACCCUGUUUCCGACCGGAGUAUCAUAUUCGGAACACGAAAUGGCGACUUCCUUGUUUCGGUUAGGGCGACUGGGAUCUCUGAAGCGUCUCCAGCUGGAGAACUGGGGCAUCCUGAGGAGGUGCCCGGCUGCUUCACUCUGCACUGCACGUGAGGAGCCAGUGAAACCCGUGGGGAAGGCCAAGGCUGCAGGCAAGACAGAGACUCCAGAUGAGAGAGCAGCCCUGUUAGCCUACAAGACAGCAGUUGCCUUCCCAGUUAGACUUUCAGGGUCUGGACUUUUCCCAGCACAAUCUGCCAGAGAACCAGCAGCUGCCGUGCCAAAUCCAGUUACUGACCCAGAUGUUUCCCGGGCUGUCGGUGGUGCAGUUCCACCUAUAGUUGCUUCACCUUCUCCAGCUCACGAAAUCCCAUUUGAGGCGCACAGUAAACUCUCAGCACCAAAAGACAUUCCAGCUGCAGCAUCCUCUGAGCGUGGUGAUGCAGCCGCCCGUGGCUUGUCGUCCUCUUCAUCCUCAUCAUCAUCUAGCGAAUCUGAUUCUGAUUCAGACUCUGACUCUGAGGAUGAGAAGUCAGAGCCGAAGACUAGAACCAGGAGCUCUGCACCUGCAGCAGAACCCCAGAAGGUUACAGUCACAGAAGUGAAGGAAGGCACUAAUGAGGGUCAGAAUGAAUCUGGAGCUCCUCUCACAUCUGGUGCAGAGACAGCAGCACCCUCAAAAGCAGCUCAAGCUACUGUGAAGGCACCCAGUGUUGGUUUGGAGAAGUUAGUGAACCCAGCCCCUGAAUUGUGCACCGCUGCAGAAAACACUAGAAAGGUGACCGGCUCUGAUGUUUCAGCCAAAGAUCCUCCAGAAGUGAUAAAAGAUGCUCCAUUUCCUGCUGAUGCUCAGGUAGAGGCUCCAGCUGAAGGUGAUGGUGAGGCUCUAACCUCAGGAGAAACCCAGCCUGCCUCUGCUGCAGCUGCCACUGCAACUGGAGUUGAGCCUGCAGAAGCUGGAGCUGCCUCUGCAAACCCCCCCACAGAAGAUGUUCCCCCUGCUGAAGUAGCUUCUGCCCAUGCAGGGAGCACCGAGGAGCUGGUGGACCCUGAUCCUGUUGUGACAGAAGCUGCAGGAGAGGAGCUGCAGGCAGAGGCCACACCUGAACACUCUGAGGAGGCUGUGGCAGCAGCACCUCCAGAGCCUGAAGAACUCUUUGAUAACAGCACUUACAAAAACUGCCAGCACCACAGCUACACCCCCUACACAUUUGCAGACCUGGAUGUAGAGAUGGCCAAGUUUCGCCUCCCUCAGCCCUCCUCUGGCAAGCUGUCACCCAGACACUAAGAAGAGCUGACCCGGCUGCAGAUUACUGCUCAGCGAUGCUAGUGAUGGCAGUGUAACACUGUGUGCCAUCGUCCCUCUGCUUCUGUUAAAAUGUUCUAUCAUUAAAGUGCACACAU